GGAGACGGCUCGAUGGAUCAAGUUUGAGGAGGAGGUGGAGGAGGAGACGGAGCGCUGGGGGAGACCUCACGUCCCCUCCCUGUCCUUCCGCUCCCUGCUGGAGCUCCGAAAAACCAUCUCCCACGGGGCGGUUCUGCUGGACCUGAGACAGAGGACUCUGCCGGGGAUCGCUCAGCAGGUGGUGGAGCAGAUGGUGAUCUCAGAUCAGAUCAGAGCUGAAGACCGAGCCAACGUCCUCAAAGCCCUGCUGCUCAGACACAGCCACCCCAGUGAUGAGAAAGAUCACAGCAUGUUCAGCAAGAACAUCUCUGCAGCCAACAUGGCCGCCCUGAUGGACAGACACAACGGCCAAUCGGAGCCCUCCAUCAAUCCGACCAAUCACAGAGAGGCUGACGGAGAGAAGAACAAGGUAUCAAAGAAAGAAGCCCCGCCCCUCUGCCACUCCAGAUCCAAACAUGAAACGAAGCUGAUGGAGAAGAUCCCGGAGAGAGCCGAGGCCACCGUCGUCCUCGUGGGCAGUGUGGGCUUCCUGGACCAGCCCUGCAUGGCGUUUGUGCGGCUGCAGGAGGCGGUCCUGCUGGAGUCUGUCCUGGAGGUUCCUGUCCCUGUGAGGUUCCUCUUCCUCCUGCUGGGCCCGCCCACUGCCAACAUUGACUACCACCAGAUCGGGCGCUCCAUCUCCACGCUCAUGUCAGACAAGCACUUCCACGAGGCGGCGUACCAGGCUGAUGACCGCCAGGACUUGCUGACAGCCAUCAACCGUUUUUUGGACUGUAGCGUCGUCCUCCCUCCAUCGGAAGUCGGCGGCGAUGAGCUGCUCCACUCGGUCGCUCGUUUCCAACGAGAGAUGCUCCGAAAGAGGGAGGAGGAGCAAAGCGGCAAACUGCAGGAGAAACAGACCAGCGUUCCACAGGAUGAAGAUGCCCUCGUUCCCUCCAAACCUGGCGAUGAGCCCCUGAGACGUUCGGGCCAUCUUUUCGGAGGUCUGAUCAAAGAUGUGACGCGACGCUACCCUCAAUACCUCAGCGACCUCCGAGAUGCUCUGAACCCUCAGUGCAUGGCCGCCGUCAUCUUCAUCUACUUUGCUGCGUUGUCGCCUGCCAUCACCUUUGGUGGACUUCUGGGUGAGAAAACCGAGGGUCUGAUUGGUGUGUCGGAGUUGAUAGUUGCCACCGCGAUGCAGGGCAUAGUGUUCAGCGUUCUAGGUGCUCAGCCUCUGCUGGUGAUCGGCUUCUCUGGACCGCUGCUGGUGUUUGAAGAGGCCUUCUACACUUUUUGUAAAGACAAUGGGAUCGAGUAUCUGACGGGCCGGGUGUGGAUCGGGUUCUGGCUGGUGCUCAUCGUUCUCCUCACGGUGGCCUUCGAGGGAAGCAUCCUGGUUCGCUUCGUCUCCCGUUUCACUCAGGAGAUCUUCUCCUUCCUCAUAUCCCUCAUUUUCAUCUAUGAGACCUUCGCCAAACUGGUCAAGAUCUUUCAGGAGCAUCCUCUCCAAAACUGUUACCAUGGAAACAACACAGUCUCUCCAUCUCUGUGCAACUACACCGCAGCCGCCGAGGAUCCUGGGAAGGUUGUCGGAGAACCAAACACAGCCCUACUGUCGUUCGUGCUCAUGGCGGGAACAUAUUUCAUCGCUUUCUACCUGCGGAAGUUCAAGAACAGCUCCUUCUUUCCCGGCAGGCUUCGCAGGAUCAUUGGAGACUUUGGGGUUCCCAUCGCAAUCCUCAUCAUGGUGCUGGUGGACUACAGCGUGGAGGACACCUACACCCAGAAACUGAACGUGCCCAGCGGAUUCUCAGUGUCCAGCCCGGAGAAGCGUGGUUGGCUGAUUUCUCCUCUGGGGUCAGACGGGCAGUUUCCUGUUUGGAUGAUGGCCGCCAGCAUCCUGCCAGCCAUCCUCGUCUUCAUCCUCAUCUUCAUGGAGUCCCAGAUAACAGCGCUGAUUGUCAGUAAGAAGGAGAGGAUGCUGGUGAAGGGAACCGGUUUUCACCUGGACCUCCUCAUCAUCGUGAUGGUGGGUGGCGUCUCGGCGCUGUUUGGUUUGCCCUGGUUAUCAGCUGCCACGGUUCGCUCCGUAACCCACACCAACGCCCUCACUGUCAUGAGCAAAGCGGUGGCCCCUGGAGACAAGCCCCGCAUCCAGGAGGUCAAGGAACAGCGGGUGACGGGCUUCCUGGUGGCGGUUUUAGUGGGUCUGUCCAUCGUGAUCGGGGAGGUUCUGCGUCAGAUCCCUCUGGCGGUGCUGUUUGGGAUCUUCCUCUACAUGGGAGUGAUGUCUCUGAACGGGAUCCAGCUCACUGAGAGACUCAUCCUGCUGCUGAUGCCCCCAAAGUACCACCCCGACCACAACUACGUCCGCAAGGUGAGGACGUUAAGGAUGCACCUGUUCACUCUCGUCCAGCUGACCUGUCUGUCUCUCCUGUGGGUGGUCAUGGCGACGGCAGCAGCUCUGGCGUUCCCCUUCAUGCUGCUUCUGACCAUCCCGGUGAGGAUGCUGCUGCUGCCCCGCCUCUUCACCUGGAGGGAGCUGCAGAGUCUGGAUGCUGAUGAUGCAGAGCCUCACCUGGAGGAGAAGGAGGGGCAGGACGAGUACUCACAUCUGCAGAUGCCCGUGUGACCCGGCAGCAGCCUCCCGAAUGGUCGAUCCACCUCCUUCAUUAGCAUAUCUGACAUGUAUCCUGUAGCGGCGCCGGGCGGGUGCACUGUACACGCUUCAUGUUUUCAUAAGUCUGAUUUGGGUUUUUCUGUUCUGGGGAGCGGGUUUGUUUCUGUUUGACUCUGCUGAAGCUGCUGAACACCUGGAUGGAAACCUGAACUCUGGUUCCUUUCCGGUGGUUCUGUCCGUCUGUACGACACGUCACGUGUUACAGAUCACACUAACUGAAACAUGUCUGUUUCUCUGUCUGUCAUUAAAUGCAAAUUUUAU